UCCAUUCUGCCUAUAUAUAUACACCUCUCUGUAGCCUUCUCAACAGCACCACCACCCCCAAACACCAACAAUGGUGUCUUCUUCUCCGGCACAGGCCAUCUUUCACCUUACACUGUUACUUAUCAUAUCUUCAUGUAUACCUCCUUCCUUUUCCCAAAGCACUCCGGCAACGACAUCACCACCCACCAAGAUUGGCAAUGGCUACACUCUGGUAUCCCUUCAAGAGUCGCCUGACGGUGGUCUCGUCGGCCGUCUUCAAGUCAACCGGAGAAACUACAUCUAUGGCGCUGACAUCCCUUUCUUGCAGUUGUACAUCAAGCAUGAAACCGACGACCGGUUGAGGGUGCACAUAAGCGAUGCACAGCAGCAACGAUGGGAAGUGCCGUACGAUAUCUUACCAAGAGACCGACCUCCGACGCCGUCGACACAAACCAUCGGCCGGUCAAGGAAAAACCCAAUCACCGUCUCCGAAUUCUCCGGCGGCGAGUUAAUCUUCAGCUGCAUCUCCAACCCAUUCUCGUUCGCCGUGAGAAGGAAAUCAAACGGCGAGACGCUAUUCAACUCCACUUCCGACCAAUCUUCACCCUACAACUCCUUGGUGUUCAAAGAUCAAUACUUAGAGAUCUCAACCUCGCUUCCAAAAGACGCGUCGUUGUAUGGUUUAGGAGAGAACACGCAGCCACACGGGAUCAAACUCAACCCUAACGAGCCAUACACGUUGUGGACGACGGAUCAAUCGGCGAUUAACCUGAAUAUGGAUUUGUAUGGGUCACAUCCGAUGUACAUGGAUUUGAGGAAUGUGGGUGGAGAAGCUUAUGCACACGGAGUUCUGUUGUUGAACAGUAAUGGAAUGGAUGUACUUUACAGAGGGAACUCAUUGACGUAUAAAGUGAUUGGGGGUAUUUUCGACUUUUACUUCUUCUCGGGACCUUCGCCGCUUGCGGUGGUGGAUCAGUACACUCAGCUCGUUGGCCGACCGGCGCCUAUGCCAUACUGGUCCCUUGGAUUUCAUCAAUGUAGAUGGGGUUACCACAAUUUAUCAGUGGUGGAAGAUGUGGUUGAAAAUUACAACAAAGCUAACAUUCCACUCGACGUUAUUUGGAACGACGAUGAUCACAUGGAUGGCCACAAAGACUUCACCCUCAACCCCACCGCUUACCCACAACCGAAACUCCAAGAUUUCUUGCAGAGAAUCCACGCUCGUGGUAUGAAAUACAUCGUCAUUAUAGACCCUGGAAUCGGUGUUAAUUCCUCUUAUGGAACUUACCAACGUGGUCUUGCAAAAGAUGUCUUUAUAAAGUACGAUGGUAAGCCUUAUCUUGCUCAGGUUUGGCCGGGUGCAGUCAACUUCCCGGAUUUUCUAAACCCUGCCACCGUGUCAUGGUGGGGGGAUGAAGUCCGGCGGUUUCAUGAGAUUGUUCCGGUGGACGGGUUGUGGAUCGAUAUGAAUGAAGCUUCGAAUUUCUGUUCGGGUUUGUGUACUCUUCCACAAGGGAAGCAGUGUCCAACCGGGACGGGUCCCGGUUGGAUUUGUUGUUUGGAUUGCAAGAAUAUAACGAAAACAAAAUGGGAUGACCCGCCUUAUAAGAUCAAUGCAUCCGGUACCCAUGUCCCGAUUGGGUACAAGACUAUUGCUACAAGUGCGGUUCAUUACAAUGGUGUCCGGGAGUAUGAUGCUCAUAGCAUGUAUGGGUUUACUCACGCGAUUGCGACUCACAAGGCGUUGCAAGCGCUUCAAGGGAAACGCCCGUUUAUACUGUCUCGAUCCACAUUUGUUGGAUCGGGUCAUUAUACUGCUCAUUGGACGGGUGAUAACCAAGGGACGUGGAAUGAUCUAAAGUAUUCGAUUCAUACCAUGUUGAAUUUCGGGAUUUUCGGUAUUCCUAUGGUUGGGUCGGACAUAUGCGGGUUUUACCCACAACCAACGGAAGAACUAUGUAACCGUUGGAUUGAACUCGGUGCUUUUUACCCUUUUUCGCGAGACCACGCGAACUACUAUUCUCCACGACAAGAGCUUUACCAAUGGGAAACAGUAGCAGAGUCAGCUCGCAAUGCAUUAGGUAUGCGUUACAAGCUGCUUCCAUACCUGUACACAUUGACUUACGAGGCGCACACGACGGGAGCACCCAUCGCGCGGCCAGUCUUUUUCUCGUUCCCCAACAUCCAAGAACUAUAUGGAUUAAGCACACAGUUCUUGCUUGGUGAGAGUCUCAUGAUCUCACCGGUUCUUGACCAAGGUCAAACCAAUGUGUCAGCCGUGUUCCCACCUGGAACAUGGUAUAAUCUGUUUGACCUUAGUCAAGCAAUCAUUUCAAAAGAAACCCAAACCGUCACACUAGAUGCUCCAUUACACGUGAUCAAUGUCCACCUAUACCAAAACACCAUCCUCCCAAUGCAAAGGGGAGGUUUGAUCUCAAAAGAAGCAAAAAUGACACCAUUUACUCUUAUAGUAACUUUCCCAGCGGGGGCCACUGAGGCCCGGGCUAAAGGAAAGUUAUACCUCGAUGACGACGAGCUUCCCGAUAUGAGUCUUGGGAACGGUCAAUCAACUUAUGUUGAAUUUUACGCGUCUGCAUCAAAAGAAAAUGUAAAGGUGUGGUCGGAUGUCACAGACAGUAAUUAUGCUCUCGAUAAAGGUUGGGUGAUCGAGAAAGUUACCGUGGUAGGGUUAGCCGGGAUUGGUGGACAGUUUGCGAUUGAUGUCGAGGGAAAUGCAGGUAUUUUGGAUGUGUCAAAAUUUAAGAUGGUGGAAACCGAGCAUAAGUUUUUAAAUGAGAUGAAAAAGGUAGGAGAGGAGGAGAACAAGAGUGUCAUGGUGGAGAUUGGAGGGCUGGCUUUACCAGUUGGUAAACAAUUUACAAUGUCGUGGACUUUGGGAAUUAGUUAAUUGUUAAGGGGCUUGUCAUGGAAAUUUUCCGUUAUUUUGUCUUUUCUAUUUUCUUUUUUUAUUUUUGAGGGUUUUUAGACAAUUUGGCGAAACGAGAGGGACUAAAAUGCAAGUGAUUCCUCCUUUUGGCAUCGGAAUUUGAUGUAAUAAGAGAAUUUUAUUAAUGUUAUUUUGCAAAUGCAAAUGUUAUUUUAGGUUUUUAA